AUGGAAGACCCAGUCGUGGAAAUCCGUCAUGUCGUCCAUUUGCUUACCCAGUCCACGCCAUCCGUCCAACGGCGCACGAUCGAAAGGUACUAUACACCGUCGGCAUCGUUUAUACACCCGUUCUGUCGCACUGGGUCAUUUUCGGGCAGUAGGUGGUUGAUCAUCUGGAUAUAUCGGUUUUACAAGAUCAUGUCGCCUCAUAUUGACCUGAAAGUGGAGUCUGUGGCAUUUGAUGCCGAGAAUUUACUUCUAUACGUAACAAUCUCACAAGUAUUCCGCAUCUUUUUCAUACCGUUCUACGUCGCACCCGUCACUCUCACCACUGUACUUACGCUCACCACUUCCCGGUCUAGUCACGAUAAUCAACAUCGUGACAGGGAUACAUUACUCUCAGCCACCACCGCCAACAGUGACCGCGACAAUGACGACACCUUAUCCCACUUGCAACCAGGAUCCGUCGCUGCCUCGGAUCCUGGCCAAGGCUCUCCCGAAUUGAGUUCCCAAACCUUAUACUAUAUUUCCGUCCAGAACGACCUUUAUCAAACUUCUGAAUUCAUAAAAUUUAUACUUCCGUUCGGCAUAGGCAGCAUACUUGUCUUCUUAUGGCACUCGCUGGCAACAUUCAUCAGCGUGGGAUGUGCUCUUAUCCUCUGGCCGAUUACUUUUGUGGAAGAGCCUAGACUGUGA